AUGGUUGCAGCGGACCAGUUGGCCACGGGCCAGGGGAAGGCCGUGUCCACGUUCUUACGGAAGUUCCCUGCAGCUCCUGCGGUGCUGGUGCUCUUCAAACACCUGUUGUCACAGGCGGCGGAGACACUAGAGGCUUCCGUGAAACAGCGGCUCUUCCUACAUGGACAAUAUUUGUCUCGCCACGAGCUGAAUCAGUUCCUCACAGACUUCGCUGGCUUCAGGCACGUGGAGCUGAACGUGGUCUCCCAAGCGUUGUUUGGGGCUUUGGACUUGGAGCGAGAAGGACAGAUUCCACAGGAUUUGCUGCUGGAACGUUUGCGAGAGCCACCAUCCAUGAAGGAGGUUUGGCUCGCCGACCUGGAAAGCCUGUGGCCCGGGCGCGAGAGCAUUGUCGAGUAUGCGCGCCGCUCGCCACCCCGGCAGAGCUCGUUGCCCAGGCCGCGCAGCAGCCGACCAGGCUCGGCAUGCACGGCACCGGGUGCCUUUGCCGGGCGAAGGCCCAGUGGGCUGCCCCCGAGGUCGAAGUCGACGCCCAAGCGGCCGAGCACCGCGGGACACGCACGAAGCCGAAGAGAUCGAGAUCAACAAGGUCUCGUGCAGAAAGACCGGAGGAGCACUGUGAGGGCCCAAAGAGCUGCAACGCCUGGGCGUUGUGGCGAGUACUCCAACGAAUUGAACAAGAAUGAGUGCAUCAGAUCUAAACAUAUAUAUAUAUAUAUAUUUAACCCGACCUCACCCGGAAAUAACGACCUAAGUUUGAAAAUGAGACCCACACUUUAUUGUAAAAAAAAGAACAACCCCCCCCCAGGAGUCUGGUGA